UGCUCCAGCAUAUUCUUGGCCGAGCAUGUGGGGGAGGAAAGGUUGUCGACAUUUGGGAGAUAAGGAGAGAGACUUGCUUGUCCUGUCGAGGUCUCUCUUGUCACAGCUCUGCCCUCCAGGCUCUGACCUCUGCCUGGAUGACUGCAAACCAACCUGGAGACGCUCACAUGGAGGAGGAGGGAAGAAAAUAUUCCGCCCGCCAACCUGCACCACAAAAGCAAGAGAGAGAGAGAAAUAAGGACGUUAGAGCAAUUGCAGGCUAGAAGCAAACAUCUACAUUUGCUGAUAGUUUUUUUUUUUGUAGGAGGAGGAGGAGCUGAGCGCGGAGAGGAGAGGAGAGGAGCAGCGAGAGGAAGGCAAAGGAGAGGAGGUGAGGGAUGGAUGAGAGGAGAGGAAAGGAGGCUUCAUGGAAAUAGAUGAGUAUGAAUUCCAAUGAGGGGUGAAGACGUUCCCAAUAGGAUUAACUCCCUGUGAAGUCAUGAGUGCCCAAACCACGGGGAGCCCCAGCACAGAAGUGAUGGUGGUCUCCAAGGAGAUGGCAUUGCUCAGCAACAUACUGACAGCUUACACCUUCAUCGCAGACCAACCUGAGAGGACAGCGCUGGUGUUUCUGGGCGGCGUGAGCAUCGGUCUUCUUGUCACGCUCUGUGCCAUCGUCUUCCAGAUCCACUGCCGGGCCGACUGUCACUAUGGCAACAGCAAACACCCUCGCCAUCAUCACCACCACCAUCACCAUCACCACCGUCACAAGCGUCACCAGCACCAUCACGUUUGUCAGCACCACCAGCUAGGAGACGGUAACCCUGACAACACGGCUGCCAUCACCUCAGUGGGCGGGCGGCCGGGCGGGGACAGCGAAUCUGAGGACUGGGAUGAGGCCACGGACAUGUCGUCACGGAGACGCAGACGCUUUGAGAGAGCCCUGCUGCAUGCUGGCAUGUUUACGUCGGCUGAGGACUUGGACCGGGCCCAGAGGCUGGAGGAGCGGGAAAGGAUCCUGAGAGAGAUCUGGAUGAAUGGACAACCAGACAUCAGCACGGUCACUCAGAGUCUCAACAGAUAUUACUGACAAGACACACACACGUAAACACAUUCACUCACACUGAAGGAUGGAAGAGGAACUUAAAGGACACACAAAGUGACAUUCACACUGGAAUUGACGUCAUGGUCUGUCUGAUGAACCUGCUGUUGUUAACAGUAAAUUGACGUUCCCAACGCAGUUGAAAAGGUGCUUUUGUAUACAGUUAGUUGGGAAUGUGUUGCUGUUAAAAACAUGCACAAUCCAGUCUUGUUGGUCCCUUAGGAAUCUGAAAAUAAUAACAAUAAACAAUAAGGGAGUAAUGAUGACAUGAUGGUUUUAAUCCGGUGCUUUUACUGUUGUUGUAUUUUUGAUUCUUUAAAUAAAGUGA